AUGUUUUUUGAAGGCCUUUCUGAGGUAUGUUGCUCAUGUGUGCGUGGCGAAGUCGUUCGCGUUGUUUCGAAUAUGCUUCUUCUCCAGGAAGGAAGUCAUGACGUUCUCGUAGCAACAGACGUUGCUGGGCGAGGCAUUGACGUUGAGGGCGUCCAGCUGGUGGUGAACUUCGAUAUGCCCAAGGAUAUCGAGGCGUACACUCAUCGAAUCGGAGCGUUCGGCAAUACGUGCCUGCACACGUGGCGGAAGCUCGCGUGGGGUUGCCUCGCAGUCCCGAGCAGGUCGUUUCUCGCUUUCCACAAGUCUCUUGACAAGGCUCCUGUUCGCGUCCGGAUGCACCCGUUUGCGCAGGUCCGGGUCUUUGCUUACAAAGAACAAGGGAGGCGCACUCGCGUUUUUCGCGGUUCUGCUCUUGCUGCCAACUUGCUCUUUUGCCGGACUGGUGAAGCAACCAUGGCUUUCUCCCUGGCGCAGAGGGCCCCGAACUCGACCGGCGCCGCGGAUGCAGGCAAAGCGGAACGCAGGACGGAGAGUGGAAGGGAGGAAACGAAAGGUGUAGCGGCGAAGAGACUCGGGGCGAAAGUUGACAAGGGAAAGGAUCUUUGUCUGACUGGCGGAAAAAAGGAACAAGCUGAUCGACAAGCACUAGCGGCGUCGCUCGUCGCUCACGGCGCGGAGCCGUUUGUGGCUCUAAGUGUUGCGGACGAGGUCACCGCCGCCGGCAGCCUAGGAGCUGCCAUCAAUGAGAGGCUCAUCGACUUGUACAAUAAACAGGAUGCGGCAUCCCAGAGAAAGAAAACCCAUCACCCGUUCGUCCGCCCCGUCGAAGGAGUGGAGCGGCAGUUGUUUGCGCUUGAGUCCGAGCGCCUUCUAAAGGAUUCACUCUUAACUGCCAUCUCGCCGGCCCGCUCCGCCAAGUACUGCGUACCUCUUCCAAACGAGCAUCGGGCGACGUUUCCUCUGCUCUUCUACAACUAUUUCGGGAAGCAUCGGCAAUAUUCCAGCACUGCGUGGAAGUUUGUUCACUUGAUUUUGGAAAGGACGGAGGCGGACUACCUGCAUGCCGCAUUCAGUAUCCCCGGAGGCUUUAAUGGGCGUUUUUACUUUUUUAUGCUACACCUGUGGAUUCUUCACAAGCGUCUGUGUCUGGGGGUGAACCACUGCAUGCAAGCUGAGAAGCAACGCAAACAAUUCCUCGCACACCGUCGACGCCUCUGGGAGAGCAGACAGACCGAGGCGGCGAGUGCUCUCGAAAGCUCUCAGAAUGCGGUCUCCGUUCUCGAUACGAACGCCACUGCAUUGCGGUCGCGAAAUUGCGCGGUGAAACCCGAAAGCAGCGACACAUUUAUUCAGAAAAGUGGCAGAGGCGACGACGCGGUGAACGAGACAAAGGCAGAGGCGCGGGAGACGGAAGAAGUGACGGGGAGUGGACAGACACGGCACUCAAAUGAAGUCUGCGCCUGGGACCAACGUCGGGAAGAGGAGGAAUACUUGACUCGGGGAAAUCCGCUCCUCGUGGACGUGGAAAAGGUCGUCGAAGGGGAAAUGCUCGACGCCGAACUCUUCAAACUCACUUGGGACAUCAUCAGAGACUGGAUCCUGCAAAAGCACGUCCCCGAGGCCCGUUUCGAAUUUGAACUCCGAAACUGUCAGCAGUAUGCGUUCGGGUUUUUUGCCGGACUCGACGAGGCGCUCACAGACGACGAGAUCUACGCAGCCAGAAUAAAGGAAGUCCUUUGGGGAAACUUGUACAGCGGCCAAGUCAGUUUCGACGACGCGCACCUCAAUUUGCUGACGAAAUACCUCAUCCGGCAACUGACACACGUCAUGCAUAUCCACAAGGCGUACUUCUACAAAGCCUCGUUCACUUGGGCUGAUUUCCCGAUGUCAGCAGACUUUCCCGCUCCUCGCAUUGUUCCGCCUCUCGCGCAGCGCGUACACUACGGCGGGUAUACUCCCUCGGUUGCAGGGACUCCGCCACCGCGAAAGGCUCUCGGUGGGCGGCCCCUACCUGAGCAGCUUCCACAGGGGACACGCAAGACGACUCUAUUCGAGUUCUUGGACCGUUUGAAGAGCAAACUUUCGCUCAGCAUGCAAGCGUUGAAGCAGGCCAAGAGCUGA